AUGCAUUUUUCCCCCUUUUCGUCAUUACCAAUUAAACCGGGAAGUCAAACGCGCCUUGUUCAAUAUGUCAAUCUUCUACAUAGGCGCUGGUCCUAUUUUAUAGCCGAUCAUAUCACUGGUGCAAUUGUUAUUUCCGUUUUAAUAUCUAUCCUAUGUACCGCCAAAGUUAUCACUACACCUUUUAAAAAUGAUCUAAUGGGUUUUGUACCAUACGGAGUGCGAUCGCGUAAAGAACACGCGGUACACGAGGAGUUUACCAAUCAUAGUGGUAAAGGAAUUCUUUUGAUGACUCUCAUCGUUGCAAAAGAUGGUGGUUCAAUUUUAAGAACGGAAAUGUUGAAAGAAGCUGCUGAAGUAGAUGAAUUGAUUUCGAAUAAUUUUACAAUAUACAAUCAUAUUCUUAAUAGAGAAGAAUCUUUUAAUGAAUUUUGUCGCAGUUUCUGUUGGCUCAAUCUUCCAAUGCAACAAUUUCGUAACGGUUUUGAAGCGCAAUUGGAACUGUUUCGAGAUCAUCAGCCAUUAAAUGAUCGAAUAUCUUUGGCUUAUCCUGUUUCCACAAUGUACAGUAUACCUUUCAACAUACAGAUGAAUUUCAAUGGAAUAGAAUUGAGAAAUAAUACAUUUGCGAUUGAUAAUUUGAUGAAUAAUUCAACUACAGAAAUCAUCAAUUAUGCUCCAUUUAUUACAAACAUGGUGUCGGCAAAAAUGAUAAGACUUAUAUAUCGUGGAGAACGAAUAGGUGACUGGACUGUUAAACAAACGCAACAGUACGAAUUAAGCAUUGUUCAUUACUUUCAACACAAUUACAAGCCAAAAUACAUUCGUGUGCUGGCGGCAUCGUUUGAAUAUAUUCAUUAUGAGAUGUCUCGUGCCAGUUUAAGUGUAUUACCAUAUUUAACUGUUGGUUUUGGUGUUAUGUUCAUUUGCUUGGCAAUAUUGACAACGAUCAGUGCUAUAUAUAUGCAACAAAUGAGCAUUUAUAAGAUUUACUUGGCUCUUUUUGCUUGUAUUUGUCCAUUAAUGGCCAAUGCAACAGCCAUCGGAUUAUUGUUAAUCGUUAUUGGAAUACAGUAUGAUGCCAUCUUAUCAAUAACACCACUUCUUACUCUUGCCAUUGGUGUUGAUGAUGCCUACUUGAUGAUACACGCAUGGCAACGUGUCACAAGAGAAUGUAAUUUACAUCCUGUCAAAGAUGAUUGCGUACCAUAUCGUCUUUCACAGGUAUUAGAAGAGACUGGACCAGCAAUUCUAAUAUCGGCCUUAACGAACAUUUUGGCUGAUGCAAUUGGCUCUUUUACUGGUUCACCAUCCAUUACAAUAUUAUGUUUUGGCAACAUGUUAUCCAUUUUUAUAGAUUAUAUUUAUCAGUUAACCUUUUAUUCGGCAAUAAUGUGUAUUGUGGGACAUUUUGAAAUGAAAGCAGCAGCCGAACAACAAAAUACUCAUUCAAUCAAAAUUGACAACGAGAAAAAAGGCACAAUAAUAAAUUAUUGCAAAAAGAACUCAUAUACCUUUCGUGAAUAUACAAAGAAUAUUUGUGCUUCAAUACUUGAAGGCUACGUUACAUUGGUGACAAAUGAAAUUUUCGCAAUUGGUGUAUUCUGUUUGUGGGUCAUUCUGGUUAUAGUAUCACUUUAUGGAAUAAGUAAAACAAAAAUUGAAUUAAAAUCGGAAAAAUUAUUCCCAUUGGAUUCACCACUUAUUGAGUUGAACGAUCUAUUAGAAUGGUACCAAAUUCCUGAACAUACCAUGGCAUUGUUUUAUGUCAACAAUCCUGGAAAUCUAUCGGACACGGAUCGUUUACAACGUCUUAAUCAAAUGGUUUCUGAAUUGGAAUUUAUAAAUGGUUCUUGGGGCUCAGAGAGUACCAAUUAUUUCAUUCGUGAUUUCACUGAUUACGAAAAACUAUUGACUGAAGCAGAUGAGGAUUAUGAUUCAGUAAAUACUUCGGUUGUAUUCAAAGAGGAUGAUUUGCCGAUAUUUUUAGACUGGCCUGAAUAUCAGAGAUGGCAUGGCUUUGUGAUUCUCGACGAAACUGGUCACCUGCUAAAAUUCUUCUUUACAACUGCUUAUUACGGUGAAAAUUUGAAGGAUUGGCCAGAGAGAGGUAUUAUGUUAAAUAAAUGGCGGAACAUUAUAGAUAAAUACAGAGAAUUCAAUGUAACCGUUUUCAUGGACGAUGCAAUAUUUCUCGAUUUGAUUGAUAAUAUGGGAAGAGAUGCAUGGCAAUCAGCGAUUGGCAUAUUAGUUUGCAUGGCAUUUAUUUCUUUCAUCUUUUUAUAUGAUCUGUUAAGAGUGGUUGUUGUGUUGAUUGCUGUUAUUUCUAUUAUGAUUGGUAUUGUUGGAUUAUUGACUCUAAUGGGUUUUAAUUUGGAACCGAUCAUGAUGGCUGCAAUGUUAAUUUCAAUGGGUUUCAGUGUUGAUAUACCAGCUCAUGUAGUUUAUCAUUACAAUAAUGGCGGAACAACAACUAAUCAUCAAUUAACAGUAAAGGAAAAAUUACGAAUAUGUUUUGCUUCGGUUGCGCUUCCAGCAUUGCAAGCAUCGAUAAGUACAAGUUUAUGCCUGCUUGUUCUUCUCUUUAGAGAGCUCUACAUGACACAGGUGUUUGUGAAAACGAUGUUGCUAUGUAUAUUUCUAUGUGUUUUUCAUGGUUUACUUAUCAUUCCAUGUAUGCUUGUACUCACUGAUCUACUGAUCCAAUUCUACAGAAAGUUACGAAGUCAUGAAAUUAUCUCGCCUGCUAUUUCCGCCUCAUAA